AUGGAUGGCAAUACGGAUAAGAGCAUAGCAGGAGAUCUUCUCGGGCCUGGCCGCUGGCGGAGGAAGAACUCGCUGGCCGCAUUGGCACACCACAGACGCGUCAAGACUAGCUAUGACUUUCAAGCUCAGGCUCCACAGAAACACUUGAAGAGAUUGGAAGCAGCCAAAAAGGAGGAAGGAUAUUUCGGAGUAUCACUUCAGGUCUGGUCCCUUGUUGCCGUGCCUGGCGUCUUUACGGGCCCCGCAUUUGAACGAGAGCAAGGCCAAGUCGAAGUCGGGCUCGCCUCCCACGAUGGCACCUACAGCAUCGAUUUCGCCGUCGAAAUCAUCGGCGGUUCAAACGGACGCCAAGGGAGUCGCAACGGUAGUGGCAGCGAUAGCGGUAGUGGAUCUGGAACUCCACGUCCUGUCACGCCCCAGCCCUUCGCGGUGGAGGAUGAUAGAGCACAGAUUAUUGUUGACAAUCUCAUCUCCAGAAUUCGGGAGUAUCGGGAGCGGCACUUCUAUAAGUUCGUGGGAGCCGGCGUGUCGAAGAAGGCUGUGUUGCUCAGCCCGCAGCUUCCGUCGAGGCUCUGGGCCGAGCUUGACAUCGUGCCUAUGGUUUUUGAACGCGGACUUGAGUCUAGAAGCAUCAGUUCUCUACCCUUCACUGUCGGCGAAGAAGCUGACUCCAUGGCAAGGAAAUCAUUGAUGUUCUUCGGCCCCACCCAGCAGCCUCGCGUGCAAGUCGGCUUCCGCAACAUAGUGGAGGUUGAUUGCAGUCGCCAUGCUCAGAUCACAUGUCUGGAUCAGUACCCGGAGACCGUCGGUGAGAGCACCUGGAACGCCACCAUGCAUUAUGUCAGAGCCCUCAAAGCGGAUAACAUACGGAUUGCGUUCUUCAAUAGUACGCCCCAAGGCGGCGGCGUCGCGCUCAUGCGACAUGCUCUGAUUAGAUUCCUUCGCCUAGUUGGCGUCAACGCCGAAUGGUACGUGCCCAAGCCGAAGCCCGAAGUCUUCCGUAUCACCAAGACGAACCACAACAUUCUCCAGGGUGUUGCAGCCCCAGAAGCUCGCCUCACCAAGAAUAUGAUAGAGAUUCUAGAAGAGUGGUGUCAGACGAGUGCAGACAGAUACUGGCUUGGAGAGGGCGGUGUUCUUGCACCUCGCGCUGAAGGCGGCGCAGACGUAGUUAUUGUUGAUGACCCUCAGAUGCCGGCUCUCGUCAAUAUCGCUAAGAAGGCCGAUCCAAGCCGGCCAGUCAUCUUCCGCAGUCAUAUUCAGGUCAGGGCCGAUCUAGCAAACAAGAAAGGCACCCCCACUUCUGAAGUCUGGGACUGGGUUUGGGAGCACGUCAAAGCUGCCGACGUCUUCAUCAGCCACCCCGUCCGCGAGUUUAUUCCGGAGUCGGUGGAUUUCAGCACAGUUGGCUACAUGCCCGCUACGACCGAUUGGCUAGACGGCCUGAACAAGGAGCUCAGCGAAUGGGACUCUGGGUACUACAUCCACGAGUUCAACACCGAAUGCCUCAAGGAAAGAAUGGAUCAGCUCAAGUUCCCCCACCGCAGCUACAUCGUCCAGAUCGCGCGGUUCGAUCCGUCCAAGGGCAUACCUGACGUGCUGGCCGCUUACGCCGAGCUCCGCCGCAAGUACAUGAAAGACAAGAAACGCGAAGACACGCCCCAACUCGUCAUCGCAGGUCACGGCGCCGUCGACGAUCCCGAUGGCGCGCUCAUCCUCGACCAGACCCUCACGGCCUGUGAGGAGGAAUACUCGGACAUCCGCCACGACAUCAUCGUGAAACGUCUGGGUCCCACAGAUCAGAUCCUUAACGCGCUUAUGUCCAAUGCCCGCGUUGCGCUCCAGCUCUCUACCCGUGAGGGUUUCGAAGUCAAGGUCUCGGAAGCCGUGCACAAAGGCGUGCCGAUCAUCGCCACCAAAGCCGGUGGCAUCCCCCUCCAAGUCGAGCACGGGAAGUCUGGGUUCCUCGUAGAGUCGGGCGAUAGCAGCGCGGUGGCCAAGUACCUGCAUCACUUGUUCACCGAUGUUGAAGCUUACCGGAAGAUGAGCAGGUACGCGGCUACACAUGUGAGUGACGAGGUCGGCACGGUUGGCAAUGCGCUCAGCUGGCUGUAUCUCGCGGAUGCGUUGGCGAAGGGCGAGAAGGUCCGGCCGGAUAGCAGAUGGAUCAACGAUAUGGCGAGGGAGGCAGCGGGCUUUCCGUACCAGGAAGGCGAGCCAAGAUUGCCGAGGCAGGAGAAAUUGAAUCUCUCCAGUCCUGUCGAUGGAUAG